GCGGCGCUAGGACGGCUCGGUGGUCAGAGUCGUGGGUUUGUUUUGUUUUUUUGCUCUGGUGAGAGUUUCUUUUCUUGGCAGGUUUCCGGAUGCCCAUGGACUCGACGCUUCAGGCCCGCUUGUUCCCUGGUCUUGCCAUCAAGAUCCAACGCAGUAAUGGCUUAAUUCACAGUGCCAACAUAAGCACUGUGAAUUUGGAGGCUUCUUCCGUUUCAGUGGAAUGGUUAGAAGGAGGUGCCACAAAAGGCAAAGAGAUUGAUUUUGAUGAUGUGGCUGCAAUAAACCCAGAACUCUUACAACUUCUUCCCUUACACACGAAGGACCAUUUGCCACUACAGGAAAAUGUAACCAUCCAGAAACAAAAACGCAAAUCAGUCAACUCCAAAAUUCCUGCCCCAAAAGAAGGUCUUCGAAGACGCUCUAGUCGAAUGUCUACUGUCUCAGAGCUUCGUAUUACCACUCAGGAGAAUGAAAUGGAAGUGGAGGUACCUGUGUCUACAAACUCCCGCAAGCAGUUUUCAGUUCCCACUGGCUCUGCUAGGCCCUCAUGUCCUGCAGUAAGUGAAAUACCAUUGACGAUGAUCAGCGAGGAGGUGGAAGAGCAAGUCCACUCCAUCAGAGGCAGUUCUGCUGCAUACCCUGUGAACUCAGUUCGGAGGAAAUCAUGUGUUGUGAAGGAAAUUGAAAAAAUGAAGACCAAGCGGGAAGAGAAGAGGGCCCAAAACUCUGAAAUAAGAAUAAAGCGAGCCCAGGAAUAUGAGAACAGUUUUCCAAACUGGGAAUUUGCCCGGAUGAUUAAGGAAUAUCGAGCUACUCUGGAAUGUCAUCCACUUACUAUGACUGAUCCUAUUGAAGAGCACAGGAUCUGUGUAUGUGUUAGGAAACGCCCUCUAAAUAAACAAGAACUGGCCAAGAAAGAAAUCGAUGUGAUUUCUGUUCCUAGCAAGUGUCUCCUCAUGGUGCAUGAACCCAAAUUAAAAGUGGACUUAACAAAGUAUCUGGAGAACCAGGCAUUCUGUUUUGACUUUGCAUUUGAUGAAACAGCAUCCAAUGAAGUUAUCUACAGGUUCACAGCAAGGCCAUUGGUACAGACGAUUUUUGAAGGGGGAAAAGCAACUUGUUUUGCAUAUGGGCAGACAGGAAGUGGCAAGACACAUACUAUGGGUGGAGACCUCUCUGGUAAAGCUCAGAAUGCAUCCAAAGGGAUCUAUGCAAUGGCCUCCCAGGAUGUCUUCCUCCUGAAGAAACAGCCCCGUUACCGGAACCUGGGCCUGGAAGUCUAUGUGACAUUCUUCGAGAUCUACAAUGGGAAGCUGUUUGAUCUGCUCAACAAAAAGGCGAAGUUACGUGUGCUGGAGGACGGCAAGCAACAGGUGCAGGUGGUGGGGCUGCAGGAGUACCUCGUUAACUCCGCUGAUGAUGUCAUCAAGAUGAUCAACUUGGGUAGUGCCUGCAGGACUUCUGGGCAAACAUUUGCCAACUCCAACUCGUCACGCUCCCACGCCUGCUUCCAGAUUCUUCUUCGAGUCAAAGGGAAACUGUAUGGCAAAUUUUCUUUGGUGGAUCUGGCAGGAAAUGAACGAGGGGCAGAUACUUCCAGUGCUGACCGGCAAACCCGCAUGGAGGGUGCAGAAAUCAACAAAAGUCUUCUGGCCCUGAAGGAGUGUAUCAGGGCCCUUGGACAGAACAAGGCUCAUACCCCAUUCCGAGAAAGCAAACUGACACAGGUGCUGAGGGACUCCUUUAUCGGGGAGAACUCCAGGACCUGCAUGAUUGCUAUGAUCUCGCCCGGCAUCAGCUCCUGUGAAUAUACUUUAAACACACUACGAUAUGCGGACAGAGUCAAGGAGCUGAGCCCCCACAGCGGGCCCAGUGGAGAGCAGCCAAUUCAAAUGGAAACAGAAGAGAUGGAAACCAACUCUAAUAGGGCUCUGAACUCAAGCAGUUUCUUCAAGGAAGAGGAUGAACUGUCUUCCCAGAUGUCCAGCUUUAAUGAAGCCAUGACUCAGAUCAGGGAGCUGGAGGAGAAAGCUAUGGAAGAGCUCAAGGAGAUUAUACAGCAAGGACCAGGCUGGCUUGAGCUCUCCGAGAUGACAGAGCAACCGGAUUAUGACUUGGAGACUUUUGUGAACAAGGCAGAAUCUGCUCUGGCCCAGCAAGCCAAGCACUUCUCAGCUCUGCAAGAUGUCAUCAAGGCCUUGCGACUGGCCAUGCAGCUGGAAGAGCAAGCUAGCAAACAAAUUAGCAGCAAGAAACGGCUCCUGUGAUGACCUCAAAUAAAGAUGUUUGGUUUCACAUGGAGGGUCUGAGAAGGGACACGUUUUGGUAAAUGCCAAGUGUAGACACUGGGCCUAGGGCAGCUGGGAAAGUGACAUGACUUUCCUUUUUCUUCGAUUUGGAACAGGAGGAAAGAACUUUUAGGUAAGCCAUGUGUUGCCCUUUCUCUCUCCAUCAAGAGGGGCAUGCUGACUGGGUACUGUUUUCACUGACAGUAGACGAAGCUGCUUCUGGAGGUUCCCCAAGGUUGUCUUGGGUCUGGGAAAGAGAAGGAGCCUUUAUCCCAUCUCUUGGCUGUUCUCCACACCCUUGGAUUAAGCAGUUGCAUGUUUUAUACUUUGUAAACUGUUUGAGACUUCUUCCUUUGUUUUUGAAGCCCAAAAUGCUCUAUGUAUUUGUAUACUUAAACAAUAAAG